UUGAGAAGAAGAAAGAGAAACAAGAAAACACACUCUCUCCCCCCCUCUCUCUCUCUCUCUCUCGAUUUCUCUAGUCUCUACUUGCAUUUGUGUUUUCUCGCUCUAGAAAUUCUCAAUUCAGUGAUUCACCCAUCUAUCCGUAAUCCGCCUCUACAAUGCGAGAUAUUUCUGCCCGCUUUUCCGUUUUCUUGGGCUGAAUUCUUGAAAUUCCGGGGGGUUUUCCGGGCGGGGAAGAAAAAUGAUGCAUGCAGCGGCGGCGGUGGAGGCUAGCUCGGUGCAUGGUGUGGGUGGGUUCGCGCAGUUGCAGAGCUGUGGGGAGAGCAGCGAGGAGGAGCUCUCGGUGCUGCCACGUCACACCAAGGUGGUUGUAACGGGUAAUAACCGUACAAAGUCGGUGCUUGUGGGGCUUCAGGGUGUGGUCAAGAAGGCUGUCGGGCUUGGAGGAUGGCAUUGGCUGGUACUUACAAAUGGCAUAGAGGUAAAGCUGCAAAGAAACGCACUGAGUGUGAUUGAAGCACCUACUGGAAACGAGGAUGAUGAUGACCUUGAAUUUGAAAAUUUCCAGUGGAAUGGUUCAGAUAUGGCGUCCGACGACACUCAAAAGUCCCAUAGAUCAAGGUAUCGCAUGCAUAAAUCAUCUGGGUCGUCUCACAAGACUCUGUGCCGCACUCUUUCAUGUGAUGCGCAGUCCAAAGGAUGUGUUUCGGCUCCUAGGAGAUCCACGAAAGUUGACCUGAGCAAACUCGAGAUGACUGCACUGUGGAGAUACUUGCAACACUUUAAUCUAGUGGAUGCCAUACCUAACCCUUCAAAAGAGCAACUAAUCGAUGUUGUCCAGAGGCAUUUUAUGUCACAGCAAUUGGACGAGCUGCAAGUGAUCGUGGGGUUUGUGCAGGCCGCGAAGAGGCUUAAGACGGUCUGCAAAUAAGUCGGAAGUUAUGAAUGGAACACUUUGCAUCUUGUUCCUGACACUAACAGAAGUAUUAUAUUAUCCGAUAUUAUGUCAGUAUAUACUGAAUGCUGCUGUUUAUCCUUCCUGCUUUUGCUUUUCUAGGGUUUUGUAACUUUAGGUUAUAGAGAGUUUGUCAUGUGUCUUGUAGGGGUAGAUAUAUUAUGUAGAUAACAUUUGACUGACUAGAAAUGUUGGAUGGAAUUCCUAAGCUUGGUUGAACAUGUCACUCACCAGUUGGAUGUUGUGUGGGCUGUUCAAAUGUAUAUUCUCAUAUGAUGAUCAUCAUUCUAUCCUCCUUAAA